AUGACUACUACUCCCAAUCAGAUCUCCGUCUAUGGUCAUCCUUCACCAACACACUCCACUACUACUACCCCUUCAAAUAAUUCUCCCACUUCACCACGCCUGGAUACUGCUCAUUUGCACCAACUCCCUCUGCAGUCCCGUCAGCUGCGCCCACUCAAGGGUCCUCUGUAUGUCCCCGCGGCUCUCCGUCCCACUGAGCGCCCGCAAAAGUCAUCUCCGAUCACCCCACCCCGCAGUGUCCAUGGCUCUCUCGACAGCUUGAGUGAGGACACCGCCGAACCCAUUAGUCGCCGCUCUACCAUGGAGAGCAAGUCCAGUGGUGUCAGCAAGGUUGCCGAGCAUGAGUGGAUGAAGACGGAGCACCUCGGAGAGGUGACUGGCGCGCCUACCCGCGAUCACUGGAAAGCUGAUUCAGCUUCUCGCAACUGUGACUCGCCUACUUGCCGCUCUUCUUUUGGCAUCUUCCUUCGUCGCCACCACUGCCGCCACUGCGGUCAUGUCUUCUGCGCCUCACACACUCCUCACACUGUGCCCCUUGACCAAGAUGCUCGAUUCCACCCCGAUGGAGAGCCCUCCCGCGCCUGUGACCUCUGCUGGAGUGCCUACCAGCGCUGGGAAGAGACACGCACUGACCGUCUGAACAAGAUUCAAAACAACAUCGACGCCCGGAGUAUCGAUGAGCAGUCCAACCCUGAGGACAUGGAGAACAGCCAAGAAUCCGGUCGCGCCGCUCUCCAGCCUAACCUGGGUCAGACCCCCGAUGUCGCCGCCAGUGUUCCUCGCGACUGGAACUGGAGCACUUUCUAA